ACAUAUGAAACGUCAACUCACUCCAUCAAUGUCAAACCCGAAAUGUUGUUAAAUUUCAGUCCCACCAAAAGAACCCACCGCAAAUGCCGAUAACUUGUCACAAAGACCCUGAUGGCCUCUCUUGUGCUAGGGAAAAGGUAUCACCUCAAACCUCCACGGAGGCAGAGCAAUGGCUGAACAUGAUGACCAGCAUGCUGAACUUCGCCAUGGCCUCCACCACCCUCAUGAAAAGUAUCCAGAACAGAGUGGAGGUGACCAAGAAACUAGAGGACGAAGCAAGAACCAUGAGAGCUGCAGAGUUCUUCAGACAGGAGCUAGCCAAGUCUAUGCCGGAGAAGGGAGGGGUUUCUGAAGACUUCUCGUUGAGAUCAGCACCUGUCAGAGAAGAUACUUGCGCUCAAAAUACCUGCAUACUCUUCUUUAAAGACGAGCCUGACGAGUGUGGACCUGAGUGUGAAGGGAAGAGACCUCCUCCCCCAAUCAAACCCGGUAAGAAAAAGAAAACAUGCUACGAAAGUGUAGACACCAUUGGUGGUAGCUGCCUUUGCCUCAUACCUGUACCCGAGGAGCCACCUGAACCAGAACCACCAGAAGAACCUGACGACCUAGACAUUUGCUCUUGCGAGAUGUUGAAGGCUUGCAUGGUACAAGACGACGAUGAUGAGUCUUGUAUAUGUGGUGUGAAAAGUGACGAUAAGUCGAUAGAAGAGGAUACCAAAGUGUGUGAACCUCAACAUGCAUGCCCAGCAAACGGGUCUAUAGACGAUUCGGACAACUGCAGCUGCCCUUCGGUUAGUUGUAAAGAAGCAAUCGUGGAACCCGAGGAAUGUCAUGUGAAAAUAGAAGAGAAACCAACAUGUACCCCUCCUCCUGCUCCUCCGGUUGUUAUACCUCCAGAGCCAGAACAUGAGGAAUCAAUUGUAGACUGCGGCUGUCAGACUGCAUCCUGGGAGAAGAUGAUGGUGAAAGAGCUUCAAAUGGCUAAUCUGGCUUACCAAUUAAGACAGACCGACAAAAACUUGAAAGAACUGAAGAGGGAAAUGGACCGUAUAUCUACCUUUGUCGGUGGAAAAAAGAAAUGUUCCUACGCCAAAGCAGCUGCUCUUUACGAAGAGAUAAUGAAGCCCAGAACUUCUCUGGAUGAGGUGAACAAGCCUGGUAGCAGUCGUAGGAGAAGACAUUAGCAGAUUUGGAAUUGCGAGAGAGUUGAGCUUCAGGAAAUUGGAUGUUGCUUAAGAGAGUAAUUAAUUUUAACAAUAUUGUUGAGGCUGGAUCAAACUAAUAAAAGAAAUACACAAAAACA